AUGGGCGACCAAGAACCAUUUUCAGCCUUGCCACCACAAGGACCACCACCGCUCCUCUCUGGAAGCCAACUACUAGAUCUCGCCCGGCAAGGUUGGCUGGAGAUUGCGCUCCCAGAUUCCCUGGCAGCUGCCAUUCCAUGUUUGUUCAGGGACUCGGAUUCUUUUUUCGCUAAUCCUACGAGCGUUAAAAAGAAAUCGUUUCCCCAGAAACAAAAGACAGAGUUUGGGUACUACGAAGUGGAAAACGAAAAGGAGUACGUCACUUUCCGCUGUCGUACGGCUACGAGUAGUGGUCCUGAAGCCGACGUCCAAGUCCACGAGUCGAUUGCAAGGGCAUCAGCCGAAAAUCUGAAGUCCGCCACAGCUAACAUUUGGAGCGAAGGCGGCAGGAUGUUACACCGAAUCCUCUGCGAUAUUGCGCGAGCUAGCGAACUCGACAUCGGUGUCUGGGAUUCGAUAUUGGAGGACACGCUUGAGAUGCCGUCAUCUGAGCAGGAAAUGUCAUACACGUUGAUGCGAGUCUUUCACUAUCUCCCGGCGAUGGGGAAAGCGGACAUGCACAGUGAUCUAGGUCUGCUGACGUUGUGCAUCGGAGACCGACGUGGAUUGCAAGUCUGUGAUGUCGUGAAUUCUUCAGAGAAUGACUUGAAAUGGAUUGAUGCAUCGGAGGGCACGAAGACGGCGAUUGUGCUUGUAGGCCAGACGCUGAAGAUGCUGUCGGAUGGGGCAUUGAAUGCAGGAGUGCAUCGAGUUGCUGGGAAUCCCGAAGGUAGGAGGAGUAUUGUUUAUGCUCUAAGGCACUCUUCGAAGAACGUUAUUGAUUUGGGUCGAUUUGGAAGAGAGGGGCGCAUUCGUCCUGAUGAGCUUUACAAGGUCAUGGGAGUGGGGAGGGUCAAUAUCAAUGCUGUGAGAGACACGAGGGACAAGCAGCGAGAGGCUCUGGGGUACAAGGGUCAAGGAUAA